AUGGAGAGAGUCUUAGCGACGUCAGAGCACAUGGCGGUGGAUUAUACCCACUUGUCAUGGGGGAUCAGCGGCAGCGAUGGGAUGGCUAAGCUUUCAAAUUGGUUGGAACUUGGAGCAACGGCGUCCAGUUAUGAAGUCAUCGGUCUCCGUCUAACAGUGCUGUCAAGGGCGGUUCCAACGCAGCAUGCCUAA